UGCUUUAUCUUUUGUGCAUAAUUACAAUCAUUGCAUGAUGGACCAUAAAAUGAGACAAUUCCAUGCAGGUAGGAGCAUUGUGUGAUAAUAGGACCUCGAAUAAAGCCAGCGACGACACCGCACGUGACCGUUCGCACAAAGUCGUAAACCUAGCGCUGCUGUGGGUGUCAGGACUCCUCUACAAUGCUGUAGAUUCUUCAACCAGAAAUAUUCUGGUUGUAUUUCAAUUAAUGGAGCCUCUUCACUGGAACGUAACCCAGAUGAGCUACGGGAAUGCCUCUGGCUUCCUCAUUACACUCUCAAGCUUUCUGAGUUCCAUAAUUUUAUCAAGGUGGCUCAGCGAUAGCUCUCUGAUCACUAUCGGAUUGCUCUCCAAUGCCGCCAGCAUGCUUCCCAUGGCUUUUGCCACCACUGCAUACAUGUUCUUCAUUGCCCGGGCACUGGCACUCUUCUCCCUGAUGCCAGUUCCGUUGAUCUGUUCUCUACUGUCUCAACAAGUGCAUAGUUCUUCAUACAGUAAAGUCCUCAUCUCACUGCAGCUGUCUUUAAAAAUGUCCAGUGCGGGAACUAACCUACUCUACGCCAAGAUUUACCAAGAGACUUUGACUUGGUUUCCUGGCUUUGUCCUGAUACUUUCCAGCUUGAUCUCCAUUGUGGCCAUCAUACCCAUAAGAAUAUUUGACAGCGGACUGUCUGUCGGGCGCACCUACCAGGUUAUUACAGAUGAAGAGGCCGGUCAGUGUGACCUUUUACUCGAGAUGAAAGAACCCAGUGACAACAAACUUAUUUCCAAGUAGGCUCUUUCCUGUGUUCAACAAGGAAACAGAAUGAGAACAAGAAUUUACUUUUGGAAAAAUACUUUCUAAUCUGGGUUUAAAUGUCAUUCACUGCCAACCCAGUUAAUAUUGGACUUGGAUGUCUAAAAUGGGUUUAAAUGUCAUUAAAAGAGAAACAGUGGUAUGAGGGAAGUGGCAGCUAAUAAAUUGUGGUGCUUCAAAUAUUGUUGUUUUAAUACAAGUUGUGUUUUAAAAUGUAUGUAUAUAGAUAUACGUCUGUAUAAUGUAUUUUAUGUAUUGUCCUAGUUACAAUACCUCAAAAGGAAAUUUGGUGCCUUGCUCAAUGGGUGGCCAGCAAGGUGACACGCAACUAUAGUUAUUGUUCUUUUUUUGUACACAGCAGGACUUGAACUGUAACCUCAGUUUCAAAACCCAAGUCCUUAGUUUUAUUUUUAACAUAACAAACAAUAUCGAACUAAUUCACUUAUUUGGUUUGAUUGUUUUUUUUAACCAGUAUGCAUUAUUGUUUUUUUA